ACACGCAGACGUGCGUGACUCACCCGGCAGUGAAACUGCACACAAAAACAGCAAAACAGAUCGUCCAGUUAUCAGAUCCAUUAUAAGAGAUCAGACAUGGGCAAAGGCGGCGGUACAUUUGACAGACUGCUGGAUAAAGCCACCAGUCAGCUGCUGCUGGAGACAGACUGGGAAUCUAUUUUGCAGAUAUGUGACCUCAUUCGUCAAGGCGAUACACAGGCAAAAUAUGCGAUUGGUGCCAUUAAGAAAAAACUCAAUGACAAAAACCCACAUGUGGCACUCUAUGCUCUUGAGGUUCUGGAGUCAGUGGUGAAGAACUGUGGUCAGACAAUUCAUGAUGAAGUGGCCAGUAAGCAGACAAUGGAAGAGCUGAAGGAGCUGUUUAAGAAUCAGCCCGAGCCGAACGUGAAGAACAAAAUCCUUUAUCUGAUCCAGGCGUGGGCCCAUGCUUUCCGCAACGAGCCCAAGUACAAAGUCAUCCAGGACACCUAUCAGAUCAUGAAGGUGGAAGGUCACGUCUUCCCAGAAUUCAAGGAAAGUGAUGCCAUGUUUGCAGCAGAGCGGGCCCCUGAUUGGGUGGAUGCAGAGGAGUGUCACAGAUGUAGGGUUCAGUUUGGAGUCAUGACCCGAAAGCAUCACUGCAGGGCAUGUGGGCAGAUCUUCUGUGGGAAGUGCUCUUCUAAAUACUCCACCAUUCCUAAGUUUGGCAUUGAGAAGGAGGUGCGUGUGUGUGAGCCCUGCUUUGAACAGCUCAACAACCACCCCUCCCUCUCUCCCCCUCCUAGGAAAGCCGAAGGGAAGACGGGCAGCACCGGGCAGGCGGACCUCCCCCCUGAGUACCUGACCAGCCCUCUGUCCCAGCAGUCUCAGGUAGUGCCCACCGAAUCAGUGCCUCCUAAGAGAGAUGAAGCCGCGCUGCAGGAGGAGGAGGAGCUUCAGCUGGCCAUCGCUCUGUCUCAGAGUGAAGCUGAGGAGAAAGAGAGAAAGAAACAGAAGAUCCCAUACUCUGCCUAUCCCAAAGCUGAUCCCACCCCUGUGACUUCAUCUGCUCCGCCCGUGAGCAAUCUGUACUCCUCACCUGUGAAUUCAUCAGCUCCGUCUGCUGAAGAUGUGGAUCCAGAGUUGGCUCGCUACCUGAACAGAACUUACUGGGAGAAGAAACAGGAAGAGGUUCGGAAAAGUCCCACGCCCUCCGCUCCUGCUCCCGUGUCAUUGGCUGAGCCCGUCCCGGUCAGCCAACCCAUGGAGAGCCUCGCCCCAGUCCAACCCCUCAACAUAGUGGAGCAGCAGUAUCAGAACGGAGAAUCGGAGGAGAAUCAUGAACAGUUCCUGAAAGCUCUGCAGAAUUCCGUCACCACCUUCCUCAACCGCAUGAAGAGCAACCACAUGCGCGGCCGCAGCAUCACCAACGACAGUGCCGUGCUUUCUCUCUUCCAGUCCAUCAACAACAUGCACCCGCAGCUGCUGGAGAUUCUCAACGAGCUGGAUGAGAAGAGACUGUACUACGAGGGUCUUCAGGACAAACUGGCGCAAGUGCGAGACGCCCGUGCAGCUCUGAACGCUCUGAGAGAUGAGCACAGAGAGAAGCUGCGGCGUGAUGCAGAGGAGGCCGAGAGACAGAGACAGAUUCAACUCGCCCAGAAACUGGGGAUCAUGAGGCAGAAGAAACAGGAGUACCUGGAGAUGCAGAGGCAGCUGGCCAUUCAGCGGCUGCAGGAGCAGGAGAAGGAGCGACAGAUGCGUCUGGAGCAGCAGAAACACACCAUUCAGAUGAGAGCACAGAUGCCCGCCUUCUCUCUGCCUUACGCUCAGAUGCAGUCUCUGCCUCCUAACGUGGCAGGAGGGGUGGUGUAUCCCCCAGCUGGUCCUCCCAGUUAUCCAGGCACGUUCAGCCCCGCUGGCUCAGUGGAAGGGUCGCCCAUGCAUGGAGUCUACAUGAACCAGCCGGGCCAAACAGCUGCUGGUGGCCCAUACCAGGCCAUGCCUGUGUCAGCUACAGAUCCUAGCAUGGUGAACGCUUACAUGUACCAGACUGCAGGCACCGGCGGGCAGCCUGCAGCUCCCGGACAAGUCCCACCCACCAACACGCCUUCUUAUACCAAUUACCAACCCACACCCACGCAGGGCUACCAGAACGUGGUCUCUCAAGCUCAGAGUUUGCCCCCCAUGUCCCAGGCUGCGCCCACUAAUGGCAUUGCGUAUAUGGGCUAUCAGCCGUACAACAUGCAGAAUAUGAUGAGCGCUCUUCCAGGACAAGACCCCAACAUGCCUCCCCAACAGCCCUACAUGCCCGGGCAACAGCCAAUGUACCAGCAGAUGGCUCCCCCUGGUGGUCCGCAGCAGCAGUCACAACAGCAGCCACACCAGGCUCCUCCAGGCAGUGCAGAGGCUCAGCUCAUUUCUUUUGACUGAUAGCUUAUCGUAUACCUUCGCCCACCAAAUCCUGAAACUACAUUCAAGCCGCAAUUGCCCCGUAGCCUCUACCUGCUCUCGCUGUCACAAUGUGUAGAAACAUUGUAUAAGCAUUUGGCUGUCUAAUCCCCCAAUUACUGCCUCUACAUGAAGGAGAUACUACAGAUGGUGCUGGUGGGAAUCCUUUGCCUCUCAAUGUGAAUCUUAAAAGAACUUAGUCAUUUCAACUCAAUAUCAGAGGAAAGACAUUAAACAAUUUUCAUCGGGACAUUUUGCUUAUUUUAAGAUCAAUACGAUUUUUACAUUGAAAUAUGUUUUUGACUGUUUUGAAGCAUUUUCACCCCAAUACUUAAAUUGCCUAUAAGCUUGCCUUUAAGUUGAUUUAAUUUUAAAUGUAAAAUAAUGUAAUGUAACGAGAAUACGGUAACACACGUGCUGUUUUUGACAAAGAGAAUAUUGGGGGAAAAUUGUUAUGAAAAUAUUUCAAUGCAAAAAGUCUGAAUGAUUUUUGAAAAAUGGGUCUUGUUUAUUCUUGUGGUUUGUUUGAUUUUGGGUUGAAAUGUCGUCAAAAGAUUCACCCGACUAUAAACUCAUAUUCUCUGAUUUUUACCUUUUGAAACAAAGCUGGUGUGAAUUUAGUCACUCGUAUUACGGAGUACAAAUAACAUGAUAUGAAUCAAAAACACAUAACCAUGCUUUGUCUCAUAUUUUUCUAAGAGACGUUUGCAUGUGUACACGUGUUUUCAGAGGAGAGUGAAUAUGUAACAGCAGAUAUUGUGCUUUGAUCUAAUGAAGCUGUUUUUCUCUUCAGUUAAGGAGACCUGCUGGCUUUAGCAAAGAGAACAUUAGUGCUUGAGUUUUCAGCAUCAAUUCACUAAACUAAUGUAAUGUGACAUUCCAGUUCUGGUUUCCAAAUGUGUUCCAAAAGUCUAGAAAUACUUCAUACAAGCAAAUAGUCUGCAUUAGGAUUAGUGUCGUGGAAGCCUGGCUAAUUAUGUAAUGCACAUUAACAACCAAUGAGACAUCAACUUUACUUUGCAUAUUUGCUAUCUAUACAAAUUUAAUGUGCUGAUGUUUCCAAAUACUGCAUGUAAGUUUGCCAGUGUCUAGACGUCACAUUUGUCUUUUCUGUGAGGUUCUUUAUUGAAUCACAUAAUCGGGUCCAACUAGAGGAACUGACCUCAAUGCAUUCUUCAGUUACUAAUGAAUUGCAGUUGAAAACAGAUCAUUACAAGACAAAUGCAAGUGUGUUUUGUUAAAACCGUUGGCUUGUGGAUGGUUAUGAAGAGGUGUAAACAGCUUUUGGUGGAAGGUGAACACUGCAUGUUUGUAACAUACACCUCCUGGUGACUUCUGUAACCCCUUUAAUAUUAUCUAUGUUCCAUACUGAUUUACCUGGCUAAAAGUCUUUUUAAAAUCAUAUUUAAUAAAUAUCUUGUUCUUUUACUGGUCAAA